AGCGUGUUUGGGAGAAAGCCGGAGGAAGAUGGCGGGGUCCAAGGUGAAGCAGGACAUGCCUCCUCCGGGAGGCUAUGCUGCGUUUGAUUAUAAGAGAAAUCUGCCGAAACGGGGACUCUCUGGAUAUAGCAUGUUUGGCAUCGGCAUCGGCAUCAUGGUGUUCGGUUACUGGAGGCUGUUUAGCUGGAACAGAGAGAGGAAGCGUUUGCAGAUUGAGGAGAUGGAGGCCAGGAUAGCUCUGAUGCCCCUGCUGCAGGCUGAGCAUGACCGAAUGGCCUUGCGUAUGCUGAGGGAAAAUCUAGAAGAGGAGGCCAUCAUCAUGAAGGACGUUCCCGGCUGGAAGGUCGGUGAGAGCACCUUCCACACAGACCGCUGGGUCGCCCCUCUGACAGAGGAGCUGUUCAACCUCCGGCCCCGCGAAGAGCUCCUGCACAAGCGUUACGGAUUCUUGUCGUACGUCUAAAUACAUAAGUCGUCCCGAGCUCCACCACCUUCCACAGCCGGCACCACGUGGACCUGAGCCCCUGCUCAAUUCAGCUUGUAAAUGUUCAAUAUUAAAGUAAUUUUUUUUUCUGUACCUCA